CCAACAUGGCGGCGCUCUGCUGCUGAAACUCCUGUUUGCUUCUUCAAACCAAACUUAUUUAAAAAUUACUACAACAACAAUAAUAAUAAUAAUAUCUUAAAGGCGGGGAAACCUGAUAGAUUUGUGCACACUUGCUUUAAGGGAUAUAAUAUGACGGAGACUCGCAAAUCCAGUGAUUGAGUUAAACCUGAGAAACACGGUGGAGACUGUACUGCAGACCCGGAGGAUAUAAACACGCGCUGACCCGAGUAAGAUGUCGUCAUCUAGUCCUCUUCAGGCUGAGAAGCAUCAAACAAGCAUUUAUGCAGAAGUAGGCAAGGAGAAGACUCACUAUUGCUCGUUGUGUGGAAAUAGUUUUACUACCAAGGGUCACCUUCAGCGACACCGUCUAAUCCACACAGGAGAAACACCGCAUCACUGCUCAGAGUGUGGGAAAACAUUCCGAGAGCAAAGCCGCCUUAAAGACCAUCAGCGCGUUCACACCGGAGAGAAGCCGUACGAGUGCUCGCUGUGCGGAAAGAGAUUCACGCAACGGAGUAAUUGCAACAAACACCAGCGGAUUCACACGGGAGAGAAGCCGUACCUCUGCUCGCAGUGCGGGAUGAGUUUUACCCAACAGAGCAAUUUUAAAAUCCACCAGCGGACUCACACAGGAGAGAAGCCGUAUUAUUGCUCGCAUUGCGGGAAAAAUUUUCUAAACCAUACUAAUUUUAAAAACCACCAGCGCAUUCACACUGGAGAGAAACCUCAUCACUGCUCAGAGUGUGGGAUGAGUUUUUUAGAGUUAGGGUCCUUAAAAAGACACCAGCGCCUUCACACAGGAGAGAAGCCGUAUCAGUGCUUGCACUGCGGGAAGAGUUUCACGCAGCAGAGCAAUUUUAAAAAACACCAGAGGAUUCAUACAGGAGAGAAGCCGUACCAGUGCUCAGAGUGUGGGAAGAGUUUUUCACUGCUCAGUUCUCUGACGGAUCAUGAGCGCGUUCACACCGGAGAGAAGCCAUAUCCCUGCUCAGAGUGUGGGAAGAGCUUUUCGCAACGCAGUACUUUGAAACGACACGAGCGCACCCACGUAAGAGAAAACAAUUACAUAAAAAGACUAUCGUGAAAAUGAAAAAAAAUUAAGUAUGUGGAUUGGAGUUUGAGAGUCAAGAGUAAUUCACUGUACUGCACUUAUACCAUGGAGUGUUAUGUUAGGGGGAACUGCUCAUUAUACAUUAAUAAAUUAUUCAUAAGGUGAUUCACUGCAAUAUCAUACUGUGUAUGGUGGUGUAUGUGAAAUUUUUUUUUAUUUGAUUGGAAACACAUUAUAUAGUUUUGAAUAACACCUCCUACUAAUUACUUCCAUACUUCCCAUCAUGUAAUCUUUAUUAGUCACCAUUGUUACCCUGCCUGUUUGCAGCACUAAAACUAAGGCUACAUAGGAUACAAAAAGUUUGAGUAGUUCAUAAUCAUCUUAUAGGACCUUGUUAUGAAAUGUUUAUAUUUGGUUUGUAUAUGUAAUAAAUUAUCGCAUGUUACUUAA